GCCAACGGAGGGGUUUGGGGGAGGGCGAUCCGGAGGCGCGGGCUCUCUCUAGCAGGUUGCCGCAGCCAUGCAGUGGCUCUCUCCAGUCGGUGGUGGCAAUGACUUGCCCACGGGCCAGGAGCGCCCGAGCCCCUUCAGCCAGCUAGUGUACACUAACAACGACUCCUACAUCAUCCAGUACGGGGAUCUUAGAAAGAUCCAUAAAGCUGCCUCCCGGGGCCAAGUCUCAAAGCUGCAGAAGAUGACAGUGAAGAAGAAGACCAUCAACCUUAAUGUAAAAGACGCCAGGAAGAGGACUGCUCUACACUGGGCCUGUGUCAACGGCCAUGCGGAAGUAGUAACAUUUCUGGUAGACAGAAAGUGCCAGCUUGACGUCCUUGAUGGUGAAAACAGGACACCACUGAUGAAGGCUCUACAAUGCCAGAGGGAGGAUUGUGCAAAUAUUCUGGUAGACUCUGGUGCCGGUCUAAAUAUUGUAGAUGUGUAUGGCAACACAGCUCUCCAUUAUGCUGUUUAUAAUAAUAAUUUGUCAGUGGUGGCAAAACUGCUGUCCCACGGUGCAGUCGUCGAAACGCAAAACAAGGCUAGCCUCACACCACUUUUACUGGCCAUAACGAAAAGAAGUGAGCAAAUUGUGGAAUUUUUACUGACAAAAAAUGCAAAUGCGAAUGCAGUCAAUAGGUUUAAAUGCACAGCUCUCAUGCUCGCUGUAUGUCAUGGAUCAUCAGAGAUAGUCGGCAUGCUGCUUCUGCGAAAUGUUGACGUCUUUGCUGAAGAUACGUGUGGAAUGACUGCAGUACGUUAUGCUAUUGCUUGUGGAUUUGAUCACAUUCAUCAACAACUUUUGGAAUAUAUACGAAAAUUAUCUAAAAAUGCCGGUCCAGCAGGAACAUCUGCAGGAACACCUGAUGAGGGUGCACCUUUGGCGGAAAGAACACCUGCCACAGCUGAAAGCUUGGUGGAAAAAACACCUGACGAGGCCGCACCCUUGGUGGAGGGAACACCUGCCACAGCUGAAAGCUUGGUGGAAAAAUCACCUGACGAGGCCGCACCCUUGGUGGAGGGAACACCUGACACAGCUGAAAGCUUGGUGGAAAAAUCACCUGACGAGGCCACACCCUUGGUGGAGGCAACACCUGACACAGCUGAAAGCUUGGUGGAAAAAACACCUGAUGAGGCUGCACCCUUGGUGGAGGGAACACCUGACAAAAUUCAAUGUUUGGGGAAAGCGACAUCUGGAAAGUUGGAACAGUUAGCAGAAGAAACACCUAGAAAAAUUACGAGGCCUGCAAAAGAAACAUAUGGACAAUUUAUAUGUCCAGUAACAGGAAGACUUAGGAAGAUCGCAUGGGAGAAAAAGCCAAGACCUGUAAAGACUGAACGCGUGGCAGUAGUAACAUCUAAUAAAACUAAAGUUUUGGAAAAAGGAGCAUCUAAGAUGAUUGCAUGUCCUACAAAAGAAACAUCUACAAAAGCAAGUACCAAUGAUCAGAGGUUCCCAACAGAAUCCAAACAAGAGGAAGAUGAAGAAAAUUCUUGUGAUUCUGAGAGUCUCUUUGAGAGUUCUACAAAAGUUCAAGUAUAUAUACCUGAGUCUAUUGAUCAAAAUGUAAUGAAGCAUGUAAAUAGAGAAGUAGAAGAGUUUCCUGAAAAGCCCUCUGACUUUAAGCCUGCUGUUGACAUGCAAAACUCUGUUCCAAAUGAAGCCUUCGAAUGGAAGAAUGAACAAACGUUGAGACCGGUGCAUGUGAGUUCUGUAGAGUCUAUAUUCAGUCAUUUUGGCAAACAGACUAUUGAAAAUUCACAGUCUACAAAACUUGAGGAAGACUUUAAUCUUGCUACCAAGGAGGGAGCAACAAAGACAGUAACUGGACAAAAAGAAAAUGAUAUUGGCAUUAUUGAACAAGCUCCACAAGAUCAAAAAAAUAAGAUGCCCACAUCAGAAUCAGGACAAAAAGAAGAUAUAAAAUCACCUUCUGAUUCUGAGAUUAUCUCUAAGAGUGCUGGACAGAAUUAUAUGUGUUUACCUGGUGCUAUAUAUCAAAAUGAUGUCGAAACAAUAAAUCACAAAAUAGAAGAUCAGAGGUUCCCAACAGAAUCCAAACAAGAGGAAGAUAAAGAAAAUGCUUGGGAUUCUGGGAGUCUCUUUGAGAGUUCUACAAAGAUUCAAGUGUGUACACCUGAGUCUAUUUAUCAAAGUGUAACGAAGCAUACAAAUAGAGAAGUAGAAGAGCCUCCUGAGAAGUCAUCUGCCUUCAAGCCUGCCACUGAAAUACAAAACUCUUUUCCAAAUGAAGCCUUCGAAUGCAAGAAGGAACAACCUUUGACAGCAGAUCAGAUGAUCCCAUCAGAAUCCAAACAAAAGGACAAUGAAGAAAAUUCUUGGGAUCUAGAGAGUGACCGUGAGACUGUUUCACAGAAGGAUGUGUGUUUACCCAAGGCUACACCUCAAAAAGAACUCCAUACGAUAAGUGGAAAAUUAGAAGAUCAGAUGAUCCCAUCAGAAUCCAAACAAAAGGAUGAAGAAGAAAAUUCUUGGGAUUUAGAGAGUGUCCGUGAGACUGUUUCACAGAAGGGUGUGUGUUUACCCAAGGCUACACCUCAAAAAGAAUUCCAUACGAUAAGUGGAAAAUUAGAAGAUCAGAUGAUCCCAUCAGAAUCCAAACAAAAGGACGAAGAAGAAAAUUCUUGGGAUUUAGAGAGUGACCGUGAGACUGUUUCACAGAAGGAUGUGUGUUUACCCAAGGCUACACCUCAAAAAGAAUUCCAUAUGAUAAGUGGAAAAUUAGAAGAUCAGAUGAUCCCAUCAGAAUCCAAACAAAAGGAAGAGGAAGAAAAUUCUUGGGAUUUAGAGAGUGACCGUGAGACUGUUUCACAGAAGGAUGUGUGUUUACCCAAGGCUACACCUCAAAAAGAAUUCCACACGAUAAGUGGACAAUUAGAAGAUCAGAUGAUCCCAUCAGAAUCCAAACAAAAGGACGAGGAAGAAAAUUCUUGGGAUUUAGAGAGUGACCGUGAGACUGCUUCACAGAAGGAUGUGUGUUUACCCAAGGCUACGCCUCAAAAAGAAUUCCACACGAUAAGUGGAAAAUUAGAAGAUCAGAUGAUCCCAUCAGAAUCCAAACAAAAGGAAGAGGAAGAAAAUUCUUGGGAUUUAGAGAGUGCCCAUGAGACUGUUUCACAGAAGGAUGUGCGUUUACCCGAGGCUACACCUCAGAAAGAAUUCCACACGAUAAGUGGAAAAUUAGAAGAUCAGAUGAUCCCAUCAGAAUCCAAAAAAAAGGCCGAAGAAGAAAAUUCUUGGGAUUUAGAGAGGGACCGUGAUACUGUUUCACAGAAGGAUGUGUGUUUACCCAGGACUGCACCUCAAAAAGAAUUCCACAUGAUAAGUGGAAAAUUAGAAGAUCAGAUGGUCCCAUCAGAAUCCAAACAAAAGGAUGAAGAAGAAAAUUCUUGGGAUUUAGAGAGUGACCGUGAGACUGUUUCACAGAAGGAUGUGUGUUUACCCAAGGCUACACCUCAAAAAGAAUUCCAUAUGAUAAGUGGAAAAUUAGAAGAGUCUUCUCAUAAAGAUGGUCUUCUGAAGCCUACUUGUGGAAUGAAAGUUUCUAUUCCAAAUAAAGCCUUAGAAGUGAAGGAUAUACAAACAUUCAAAGCAGUGGAUGUGAGUUCUGUAGAGUCUACAUUCAGUCCUUUUGGCAAACCGACUACUGAAAAUUCACAGCCUACAAAACUUGAGGAAGACUUUAGUCUUGCUACCAAGGUAAAAUGCAACAAGACAGUAACUGGACAACAAGAAAAUGAUAUUGGCAUUAUUGAACAAGCUCCAGAAGAUCAAACAAAUAAGAUACCCACAUCAGAAUCAAGACAAAAAGAAUAUACAGAAUCUUCAGAUUCUGAGAUUAUCUCUGUGAGUGACACACAGAAUUAUGUGUGUUUAACUGAGGCUACAUAUCAAAAAGAAAUAAAGACAAUAAAUGGCAAAAUAGAAGAGUCUACUGAAAAGCCUUCUGACUUUGAGCCUGCUGUUGAAAUGCAAAACUCUGUUCCAAAUAAAGCUUUAGAAAGGAGGAAUAAACAAACAUUCAGAGCAGAUAAUAUGUUGACAUUAAAAUCAGGAAAAGAAACAUAUGCAGAAUCACGUUGGAGUUCUAAGAACUUCAAACAGAGUGUUUCGGAAAGUACUGCACAGAAUUACACGUGUUUACCUGAGGCUACAUAUCAAGAAGAAGUCAAGAAUAUAAAUGGAAAACUAAAGGAUUCAACUAGCCUAUCAAAAAGCUUGGAUGCAGUUCCUUCUUGUAAAAGAGCAAGGGAACUUAAAAAAGAUCACUGUGAAAAACUUACAGCAAAAAUUGAACGAAUGAAAAAUAAGUUUUGUGUACUAAAAAAGGAACUAUCAGAAACAAAAGAAAUAAACUCACAGUUAGAGAAUCAAACAGUUAAAUGGGAACAAGAGCUCUGCAGUGUGAGAUUGACUUCAAACCAAGAAGAAGAGAAGAGAAGAAACGCCAAUAUAUUAAAUGAAAAAAUUAGGAAAGAAUUAGGAAGAAUUGAAGAGCAACAUAGGAAAGAGUUAGAAGUGAAACAAGAACUUGAACAGGCUCUCAGAAUACAAGAUAUGGAAGUGAAGAGUGUAAGAAGUAAUUUGAGUCAGGUUUCUCACACUCAUGAAAAUGAAAAUUAUCUCCUACAUGAAAAUCGCAUGUUGAAAAAGGAAAUUGCCAUGCUAAAACUGGAAAUAGCCAAACUAAAACACCAACACCAGGAAAAGGAAAAUAAAUACUUUAAGGACAUUAAGAUUUUAAAAGAAAAGAAUGCUGAACUUCAAAUGACUCUAAAACUGAAAGAGGAAUCAUUAACAAAAAUGGCAUCUCAAUAUAGCAGGCAGCUUAAAGUUCUGAUGGCUGAGAACACAAUGCUCACUUCUAAAUUGAAGGAAAAACAAGACAAAGAAAUACGGGAGAGAGAAAUUGAAUCAUACCAUCCUAGACUGGCUUCUGCUGUACAAGACCGUGAUCAAAUUGUGACAUCAAGAAAAAGCCAAGGACUUGCUUUCCACAUUGCAGGAGAUGCUUCUCUGCAAGGCAAAAUUAAUGUUGAUGUGAAUAAUACAAUAUAUAACAAUAAGGUGCUCCAUCAACCACUUGCUGAAGCUCAAAGGAAAUCCAAAAGCCUAAAAAUUAAUCUCAAUUAUGCAGGAGAUGCUCUGAGGGAAAAUACAUUGGUUUCAGAACAUGCACAAAGAGAGCGAGAUGAAACACAGUAUCAAAUGAAGAAAGCUGAACACAUGUAUCAAAAUGAACAAGAUAAUGUGAACAUACACAAUGAACAGCAGGAGUCUCUGGAGCAGAAAUUAUUUCAACUACAAAGCAAAAAUCUGUGGCUUCGACAGCAAUUAAUUCAUGCACAUAAGAAAGCUGAUAACAAAAGCAAGAUAACAAUUAAUAUUCAGCUUCUUAAGAGGAAAAUGCAACAUCAUCCCCUAAAAGAGAAAAAUGAGGAGAUAUUUAAUUACAUUAACCAUUUAAAAGACUGUAUAUAUAAAUAUGAAAAAGAGAAAGAAGAAAGAGAAGUCAUUGUGAAACAACUUCAAAAACGAUUGGCUGAUCUCAAUAAACAGUGUGUGUCAGACCUCACUAGAACUUACACCACAUCAUCACAUUAAUCUCAAAGAUGAGAUAUAGGAUUUAAUGAAGAAAUGAUUUCAAGUCAAAAGUCAAAACUCAUGAGAGACAAGCAGAGACCAGUAAGAAACUUCUUUUGGAGAAACAACAGACCAGAUCUUUAUUCACAACUCAUGCUAGGAGGCCAGUCCCAGAAUUACCUUGUGUUGGAACUCUUACCAAUAGUUUGAGUCGACAGAAUACUUAUUUUAGAAGAAAAAUUCAUGAUUUCUUCCUGAAGCCUACGACAUAAAAUAACAGUGCAAAGACCUACUUGUUCAAGGUUAUAUAAUAGUGUAACAUUGCCAAGAAGUGGAUUAUCUCAUCUUCAUCCUGUAAUUCCAGUGUUUGUCACAUGGUUGUUGAAUAAAUGAAUAAAGAAUGAGAAAGCCAGAAGCUCUGAUACAUAGUCAUAAUGAUAAUUAUUUCAAUGCACAACUAUGGGUGGUGCUGAGCUACAAUCAAUAUUUUCUGCAACUGGCUCCUCUAGGAUCUACUGAUUUAAAUCUAAAAGAUGAAGUCAGUAAAGCAUCAGAAAAAAAGAUACGUGUUGACCAGUGGUCCUGCCACUGCCUAUCUAUUUGUUGAAAAUAUUGUUUACACAGUGAUUAGCAGAUUUCCCCGUUCUUCAAAUGACCAUUUCACAUCUACCUGCAAAGGAGAGCAACACUCAGAAUGGUGGUGUUUCUCAAAUCAUCCAAGGUAACAGAAAGUCUUUCUCUACUAUUUAUGAGAAGGCCCAUCACUAGAUUGAAAGCUCUUCUGGAAGUGACUCUGCCUGUAUGUUCCCUACAAACCCCUAGAGAGUUAGCUGCUGAGAUGGCUAUAUUUUCAAACUCGAGCUGACUUGGAGAAAGCAGAUCUGGAGUGGAGACAUAGAAUUUCUCAUGGAAAGUGAAAAUAACUCACUGAAAAUCAUGUUUUUUCAAACUCUUCUGUCUUUCCACAGUAUGUUCUUGUUACUGAUUUUCAGAAAGCUGGUUUUGAGACUACAGCUUGGAUUAAAUGCAUGAGAUUGAGCCAUCAACUGUGACAAACUGGAUCAUGGAAUCUCACAGUAUCAAGUUUGGAUAGAAAGGAGCUUGGCAGUCUUGUGGUCCACACCUCCUCAAUUUACCAAGGAAGCUGUGCAAGCACAGGUCUCCAGGUUCAUCCCAGAGACCCCACCCUGGGGUUGCCCACGGCAGUCCUGUCCUUAGACCCCCAAAACAGGCUGCUGGGCCCUAUGUUUUAGAGACCUCUGCACUGGCCCUCCUUCGCUGGGUGUAUUUCUCUGCACAGAGUGAAAAGCUGUGAUGCACACAGCCCCUUCUAGUGUGUUCUCUGGGCUCCCAGGAACCCAGGCCUCUUUCUCAAAUAGCCAAAUGCCCAUUACCAAGGCCUGCUUGGGCCUCCUUCCAGAUGCAGGCCAGAUUGCACAACCCUAGGUCCAAGGGGCAACUGUUUGCAAGGGGUGUGCACUGAGUAGAUUGAUGUUUGCACUGGUGUUUCCACCCACGUUUAAAGGAGGAUGUUCAUGCUGGGGCACAGAACCCAGUGGAAAGGGAAGAACAGUGGGUCAGACUUUAAUUGGUGUUUCCCACCCAGGAAUACAUAUUUUAGGGGCAGGUCUGUGCAUGGCACAGCUGUCUGCUAUCUCUGCCUCACUUACUCUGCAGAAGUAAAUGAAACCCCUGGGUUGACUGCAGUCUAGACUGUGUCCAGCAGCUGUUUUUUGUGAGGUAGCCCUGAGUAGUGUUGCUUGCCUUUUGACCUGGUGGCUCAAUUGGCUAAUAUCCCAGGGUGCAGAGGACCUCCGCUGAGGGUGCUAAGUGGGAUGGAUCUGUCCUGCACGAGUGGGUGUGCUUGCCCUCUAAUGCAUUUUUGCUUUUUGUAAGAAAAGAGGACAAAUGUCUAAUGCGCUCUUCAGUUCUUUUCCAAAUUCAGACAAUAGAGGAAAUUAGAGGAGAUUGAAUAAACCCAGAAGAUUGUUGUGUAGCAAAAUGAGCAUUUCCAACAAAGAAACUGUGUGUGUUUAAAGAAAGCUACUCUGUUUUAAAGCAGUAUGAUUGAGCCCCACAAAACAAAGUGUCGGCUAUAAGACAACAAUCUUUUGGUAAGGUAUUGGGGCUUAGAAUAUCUGUUUUGUGCUCUCUUCCUUCUGGUUCAGGGUUGAUCUGCUAUGAUAAAUAUUUUAUUUGGGGAAUUUUUUGGUACUGGACAAUAAACAGGGCCACAGCUGAUCGCCACAGACAAUUUUCUAAUUUAGAGGACAGUGACAGCUGACAGGAUGGGUCACUUGGUUUGUGAUUGGCAAACUAAGCCCAUUUGUCGAGGUUUCUAGGUUGGUGAAUGCUCAGAAAUGAAGGGUAUUCUAGAAAAAACUGCUUUUUAUAGGCCCAGCAUGCUUCCGCUGCACAAC